AUGGAAUCAUUAUCAAACAUAAUCGUAGCAACUAAAACUAAUGGAAAAAUAUUACAGGAGAAGCGAUUAUCUAUACCAACGAAGACAACUAGGAAUUCAUCUGUAAAGGUAAAAAGAACAAGUCGACCAUCUAUCAAUCAAAAUCGUAUAAGACAAUCAACAGUUCAUGUGCAAAAAGUACCUCGACCAUCAAGCAAUAAAGUUCAUGCACAAGACAUAAAUUCAUUAUCGAAUAAUCAGAAAAAUAUAAGUGGGUUGGCAAAUGAUCAUAAAAAUAGGAGCUUAUCUAUGGGUGAUCAGAACAAGACUCAUGAUGCAUUUGUUCAUAUGCAACAGGUUCAACUACAAGUACAUCCACAACGACAUCAACCUCAACAACUUCAACAAGUUCAAGCACAAGCACAUCAACAACGAGUAACAUCGACAACUGCAGCAACAUUUAGUUCUUGUAACAGUCUGCGUUGGAAUCAAACAGGUCAAAUCGUUGCUGGAACAACAUCAGGUUCAAAUGCGAAUCAACUUAAAAAUCCAAGUUGUUUGUACAUCGAUAAUAAUAAUACUCUAUAUAUUUGUGAUCAUGAUAACAACCGCAUUCAGAAAUGGAUUCAAGGUGCCAUAACAGGUGUGACAGUGGCUGGAGAUAGUACAGGCACUCAAGGUUCAACAUCUACAUUGCUCAAAACUCCCAUAGAUCUUACUUUUGACACAAAUGGAUUUAUGUAUGUCGUUGAUAAUGGCAAUAACCGCGUACAAAGAUUUGCUUCAGGCUCUAGUACUGGCACCACUGUUGCUGGAACGACUGCUAGUACAAAUGCAUUGACUGAUCUAAAGCAACCAACAGCUAUUGAUGUUGAUAAUAAUUCAAAUCUUUAUAUUCUUGAUAUGGGGAAUACAAGAUUAGUAGAAUGGGCUCAAAAUGCAACAAGCGGUACUCUUCUGAUCAGUAGUAGUACUCUGAAUAAUGAUUAUGAUAUUUUACUCGCACCGAAUUCAUCAAAUCAAAUAUAUAUCAGUGAUCAAGGUGCUCAUGCAUUAUAUUUAUGGACAUUUGGUGCAUCAACUCCAAGUAUGACUCUUCAACCGGUCAAUGAUAGUCAUAAUACUCUUAACAAUCAAAUGGGUAUGGUUUUGGAUCCGUAUGGUAAUUUAUAUGUUGCUGAUAGAGAUAAUGAUCGAGUAGUUGUGUAUUGUGCUAAUUCAACAGUUGGUAUUGUUGUUGCUGAAGAUAAUAAUUCUGUACCUUCACUUAAAAAACCAGUGGCUCUUGCUUUUGAUUCUGAUCUGAAUUUGUACCUACUUAGUACAAAUAACGGCCAAGUGGUUAAACUUCCAAGAAUUUAA